ACAGUCUUCAUUUUCAACUCGUCGUCAACGUGUGUGAGCGCGGAAAACAUUAAAAAGCGCGCUGGCAACGCAACGGAAAAGCGUAAAGCACCUUUUUCUCCACACAAGUUUGGUGCAGUGAGCUCCACAAGCGACUCUGUUCUAGUUGCAAUCGUAUAAUACUAGUAAUAAUAAGGAGCUUCUCUUCGAGUAAAAUAUAGAAAAAAUAACGAAAAUCGUCGAAUUGUGUAGAAAAAUAUUAUAUACCAACAUACACACAUGCAUACAUGCGAGUAUAUAACACGUUAAUAAAAAGUGUAAAAAAAGUAGAGUAAAUAUAUCACAACAAAAAGUCUAUGUAAAUGAGUGAUGUGAAGUAAACAAAAUUGAAAUUUUCAACAAUAUAUAACAAAACGAAAAAAACCACAACAACAACAAAAAUAAAUAACAACAACAUAUAAGUGUUUGAGAAAAUUGAUACAGAAUUGUUGUCUGAUAGCCUCAGUGUACAUACAUACAAACAUAUGUAUAAAUAUCACCAGUCGACUGGGAGUUGCACUCGUUGUGCUACUUCGUCUGCUACAAAUUAAAUUGUCUCCUAGGCGACGCUGUUGCAUAGAUUUCCGCCAGCGUUUUGUGAAAGAAUAUUUUUCGUAACUGAACUUUAGAUCCAACGAGUGGCUUGCACACAUCUGGCAACUCUGCCCACCAUUCACGUAUUCCUUUUCUCAUUUAAAUCAACAUAAAGCAGCUAAAACUAUCAGAGACUACUCAGAUCUCGGAAGGUCAUUCGUACAAUUCCUACUAUUAUCUGUCACAAAAAAAAACGCAGUUGAACAACAAGGUGUUGGCGGUCCUAAGUAGCGCUUUAGGCGCACUCAACAAGCCGCUCAGCAGCACCGCUACCUAAGAUUACGCAACAGUUCGGUGUGUUUGCACAGCUUUUCAACAACUUCGGCAUAGUUGUUGGCGUCACCGAUAGCGCCACUACCACAGUCCCCGGCGCUGCCGCGUGCUACCAGCUAAGCGGCUGGGCAAUGCAAACAUGGAUCAUGCGGUGAAAGCGACACGUGGCCGACCAUGGAAUACGCUGCGCUUCGAGAACGACGAACUGGAAUGCCUCUAUCAACGGUACACGCUCAAAUUGCAGCGCUUCUCGGUGCUGGGCGUGGUCGCAUUGGUGGUGGUGUUGUGCGGUGUCAUGGCGGCGCUGUCAUUGGCCUACAAUAAUGCGCCCACCUUUCAUAACAUUUUCAAUUCCAUUGUGUGCCUGCUUUUUGCAAUUAUCCUAAUUCUACUGCAAUGCCGUGUCAUUAAGGAUCAUCACCUGCCAAUUCUCUGCUAUGGCAUACUACUCUUUGCCGCCGCGAUUUGCUUCGUUUCGAUGCCGACACUGGGCAGUGUUUUUCCUGUGGACACAAAAGAGAAAGAGUCUGAGGUCAUGGCCGAGGGUGUGUGGCAAAUUGUCUUUGUCGUCUUUUUGGCUUAUGCGAUGAUGCCGUUACAAAUAUGGGAAGCAGUGUGUUUUGGUAUUAUUUUGCCAUCAGUGCAUAUUAGUUUAACGGUGUACAAAAUUAUAACGGAUUCAUUCCGCUAUCUGGAAUAUAAUCAGCUUAUUGCCAACAUUGUAAUGUUUAUCGGCGUUAAUGUUGCCGGCUUGGUCGUAAAUAUUAUGAUGGAACGUGCCCAACGACGUGCAUUCCUAGAUACACGCAACUGUAUUGCCGCCCGCCUGGAAAUUCAGGAUGAAAAUGAGAAAUUGGAAAGACUUUUGUUGUCGGUUCUACCUCAGCAUGUUGCAAUGCAAAUGAAAAACGAUAUACUCUCACCGGUUGCGGGACAAUUUCAUCGCAUAUACAUACAAAAACAUGAGAAUGUGAGUAUUCUCUUUGCUGACAUUGUCGGUUUCACGGUGUUGUCCUCGCAAUGCAGCGCGCAAGAGUUGGUGAGACUGUUGAAUGAGCUCUUCGGACGAUUCGAUCAGCUAGCGCAUGAUAACCAUUGCUUGCGCAUUAAAAUUCUCGGCGAUUGUUAUUAUUGUGUGUCUGGUUUGCCUGAACCACGCAAGGAUCACGCCAAAUGCACCGUAGAAAUGGGUCUGGAUAUGAUCGAUGCCAUUGCCACCGUGGUGGAGGCCACCGAUGUGAUAUUGAAUAUGCGUGUGGGCAUACACACGGGCCGCGUGUUGUGCGGUGUGCUGGGUCUACGCAAAUGGCAAUUCGAUGUGUGGUCCAAUGAUGUGACAAUGGCCAAUCAUAUGGAAUCUGGCGGCGAACCCGGUCGUGUGCAUGUGACACGCGCCACACUCGACGCUCUGUCGGGUGAAUAUGAAGUUGAAGCUGGACAUGGGGAUCAGCGUUCUUCAUAUUUGCGUGAUCACGGCGUGGAUACUUACUUCAUAGUGCCACCGCCGCACAGACGAAAGCCAUUAAUGCUAAACACGCUUGGUGUACGCUCGGCCAUUGGUAGUCGUCGUAAAUUGUCAUUUCGUAAUGUCUCAAACGUUGUCAUGCAGCUAUUGCAUACGAUCAAAUUCUCGGAGCCGGUACCGUUCUCCAACAUCGCCACCGGAUCGUUUCCCUCGUCGGGCGGCAGUGGUACAGGAGCGCGCGGCAGCACGGCCGAAGGCGCAGGCGGUGAAAAGAGCACACGAAAGGAUGCGGUUAUACGACUACAAAAAAUUUUACAUGCCCCCACACCACCCGGUGGCGGUGUGACUAUCUCAGUAGGAACUACUCCUAACUCCACAUCGAAUACGAUUAGUCGCAUUCACAGACUCAAUCAAAAUAAGAAUAAACAUCAAGUGACGGACAAAUUUAAGCGUCCUCCGCAAACGGCACUCUCCAUGCACUAUCAACCGACCAUCGCGUCAAUGCUUCCUCACUAGGCGAUAAAUGCACGUUCCGUCGAUUGCGAUAAGUCCGAGCAUGUGGAUCGCAUUACUCUGCGCUUUAGUGGUGACAAAGAGCGCGAAUACCGUAAAGAUUUCGAUUUGUUUACCACCGCCAUGGGUUGUUCGCUAUUGCUGCAUUUGGGUGCACACUACAAGUGUGGCUCUACCCGUACGCUCAUCCUCUGCAUCUUGACCGCUUUUGUAUGGAUUAGCGUACUGAUGUUACUGCUGGCGGUGCGUCUCAAGUGGAUGGUCUGGGACUUGGCGCGUAGUUUCACGCUUCGCUUGGCUAUUACAAUAUUCACCAUAGUGCUGAUCUAUUCGGUGGGUCAGGUGAAUGUGGUAAUUACUUGCGUCAUGGAUCAUCUUGUGCCAGUAACGUCACACACAUGCCCAAGCUUUGAGGAGGACCUGCUCAUAUUUGCGCACCAUAAUGCACACCGAAAAUGCUCGCUGCCACAGUAUGUUUCGCUCUCGGCGACUUUGCAUUUUGUCAGUCCAGUAUUUUUGCGUUUGCCAAUAAUAUUCAAAUCCUUCUUGAUAUUACUUAUGGGCACAAUUUAUGGACUUUUUAUCGAAAUGUCGCAUAUAAAUAUUUUUGAUUGCUAUGACAGCAGAGUAAACUCAUCCAUUCCGCUUCAUUUGAUCUCACUGGCGCGCAUAAUAAUUUUCAUGAUUGCAAUAUUGGUGCAUGGACGUUUGGUCGAGUGGACAGCACGUUUAGAUUUCCUCUGGCAGUUGCAGGCAUCACAGGAGAAAAAGGAAAUGGACGUUUUACAGGAAUCAAAUAAACGAAUCCUACACAAUUUGCUGCCAGCUCAUGUGGCUGCACAUUUUCUCGAUAAUCAAUUUCGCAGUAAUAUGGUCAAUCCCUCACAGGAACUCUAUCAUCAAAGUUAUGCCAAGGUUGGUGUCAUAUUCGCAUCGGUGCCGAACUUUCACGAGUUCUACACAGAGAUGGAUGGUUCGGAUCAGGGUUUGGAAUGCUUGCGGUUGUUGAAUGAAAUAAUUGCGGAUUUCGAUGAGCUUCUGAAAGAGGAUCGCUUUCACGGCAUCGAUAAAAUAAAAACGGUCGGUAGUACCUACAUGGCUGUAGUGGGACUUAUACCAGAAUACCGCAUCAACGCCAAUGAUCCGAAUUCUGUGCGUCGCCACAUGACCGCUUUAGUCGAAUAUGUGAAGGCUAUGAGGCUCUCUUUGCAAGAAAUCAACAGUCAUUCGUACAACAACUUUAUGUUACGAGUUGGCAUUAAUAUUGGUCCCGUUGUUGCUGGUGUGAUUGGAGCGCGCAAGCCACAAUAUGAUAUUUGGGGUAAUACCGUUAACGUCGCCAGUCGCAUGGACUCCACGGGCAUACCAGGCUACACACAAGUGACACAGGAGGUCGUCGAUAGUUUACAGGGUUCACAUUUCGAGUUUCGCUGCCGCGGCACGAUCAAAGUAAAGGGUAAAGGCGACAUGGUCACCUACUUUCUGAGUGACUCCUCCAACAACGGUCUCAAUGGCGAGGUGCGCAAUGCAAUGAUCGCCAAUCGCGCCAUCACACAAAACGGCAAUGGUUACACAACACAACAACAACAACAGCAGCAGCAGACGCAAUCAAACGGUUUACAUGCGCAUCCACCGGAAUACUACCAAAAACAGUCACAAUUCCAGGAUAACAGUUAUCAACUGAAUAUGAAUAGUGAGACGUAUAACAUAAAGAAAGAUAAUUACGGCUACAACAACAUAGACACCAGCCAAGUAUUACUGAAGACCUCACCGAAUGCGUUGCAUGAGGAACAACAACAAUUGCUAAUGCACCAACAACAGCAAGUUUCACAACAACAACCACAACCGUAUCAGCAUCACUUGGCGCAACAACAACAACAGCGUUUAAAUAGUAAACUACAAAAACAACCGAAUUUCAUCGCUAACGGUGGACUGCCGAAUAUACGGGAAAAUGGACAUAACGGUGAACACAACGGCAGUAUUGGUAGCGGUAGCAAUGGUGUAGGUGGUUACCCCUACAAUGGCUACCAACAAGCACAACAGCAACAACAACAGCAAUACAACAAUAAUUAUGCACAUCAUCAGCGAUCGCAUUCAUCCAGUUCGAUGGGUGGCGUCAGUGUUAUGGGCGUAAUCACAAUGGCAGCAUCAUCUUCCCCCGCCCUACCCACACAACAGCAAGUGCAAAUGCCAAUACCAGUUCCGGUUCCAGUACCAGCACAAGCCAAUCCCUCUAUGGUAAUGUUGCGCGAACAAUUUAAUAUCAUUGAAAACCCCGGUGGUAAUCGGCUUGAGUACAUUAACCAUGACCCCUACGCACAAGUGGAGAACUAUAACAAUUUAUUUGCUAAUGGUGUUGGUGUUGGUGGCGGUGGUGGUGGUGUAAGCGUUGGUGGUAGGCGUGAACCGCAUGCCGCACGCAACUACCAUCAUUUGCAUCACAAUCAACAGCAUUCAUCGUCGUACAGCACGAAUAGUAAUUGUAAUAGUUAUAAUAAUUGCCGUGAGAGUGAACCAUUGUUGCAUGCUGCACCAGUUGCCAAGAUAAUGCCAAUGCAACAGCAUCCACAAGCAUAUCCACCUAAAUAUGAGCCACCACGGUACAUGUGUCCUAAUACCAUAAUGCUACAACAGCAACAACAUUUACAGCAACAGCUGCAAUUGCAACAUCACCAUCAUCAUCAGCAACAAUUGCAUCAACAAUAUCCACUAUACUCGCAACACCCUCAACCGCCAUUACCAAUUCCACCACCCAAACCCUCAAAUCUAACUGCAUCCUCAUUAGCCACAGCCUCAGUGUCAGCCUCAGCCUCAGCCUUAGGCUCAGCAUCAUUGAAACAGAAUACACCACUCAUACGCACUACCUAUAUGAAGCCCCUGCCGAAGUUGCCGACCGAGAUCGAUGAGAGCCGUGAGAUGUCUUCCACCGAUGAUCUCAGUUCCCGCCCACAUUCGCCAUCGAUGAGUUCCUCAGACGAAAGCUACUCGAAGACGACCGAAGGCGAAGCUGACGAAGAUUCACCACGCAUUACGGCGUUGAGCAAACACAAUCAUCAUCAGCAGCAGCAGCAACAGCAACAACGUAACGGCGCCAAUCCGCUACAGUGGUUAUAUCCAUGCGACAUACAAGUGGAUCCCACGUCACCUGUGGUGGAUAUGUCGAAUUUAAAAGAUUUCGAAGUGAGCUCCACAACAGAGAGUCAAGGUCAACAGACAAAUACCACACACAACAAAGGCGACUCCUGCAAUAGUUUUGAGUAUCAAGACCGCGUAUUGCUCGCUGCCAAUAAGAAACCGAUCAGCAAUGGCGGCAGCAGUAACGGCGGUGGCGGCAAUGGUGGCGUGGGCAACGGCGGUGGUUUAACAUCGGCCAGCAAUUCGGCGAAAUCGCCAUUCGAGAGGGAACUGCAAAGACUUUUGAAUGAAUCAUCACGUGCACGCGCACUGGCUGCCGCCACCUCAUCGUCGGGCGGCAAUAUAACAUCCGCCUCGAACUCCAACAGCAAUCCUGAGGGCAAUACGACAAGCAACAGCAGUAGUCGCAACAAUAUCGAAUUGAGUUAUUCGGCCAGCAACAGUAAAUUGAGCUCGACUAACGGUUUAGCAAUCGGUGGUAGCGGCAGUAAUGGCAACCUCAGCGGCAGCAAUUCAAUGAGUGGCAACAACAACCAAAAAUCGUUGACCACAACGAUCUUGGAUGAGUUGACUUCACCAACAACGGGACGUCAGCCGUCGAAAAUACCGAUUAGCACGAGUUUCAUGAUUGCCAAGCACCCUGUCGGUCUGGAGGCCAUCAAGGAGAUCACGCGUAACAAAAAUCCAUCAGAAUCUAGCCAAAUGCAAACUUCCGAUACAGAAUCCUGUGAGAUUUUGCACGACAACUGCAAUCAGCUGAAUUUGAAUAUUUUGGACGCAGUCAACAACCAGUCGUCCACAUCAACGGGCACCAAUUGUCGUGAUUCGAUGCAACCGCAACAGCAGUCCAAAGAUCACAACCAUCGACACCGCCAGCGUCCACGCUCCAAAGACCUCGAUCAGAGUCGUGAGAGUCUCGAUCAGCUGGCCGACGGUAAUGAACCGCAGCAGCAGCAACAACAGCGGCAUAUGCGCCAUCAUCAUCAUCACCACCACCAUCAUCAUCAGCGACCACGUGUUAAUCACACGAUAGCGUUGAGUAACGAUACCGAACGCGACGAUACCGAAGAUAAUUUAGCCGAUGAGGAGUUCGAGGAUGAUGAGGUGGGACAUGAUGUGCGCAAAAAACGUUUGGCCCCAAUCCCAACCGAGCAGCAGCAUGUCAAUAAUAUCGGUGGUGUUGUCAAUUGUUACGAAGAUGAUGAGAACGAACAUGUACAUGACGGUCACGGUGUCUAUGGGGACGAUAUGGAUGAGGAGCGACAUAUGGAAAUGAAUGUGAUAAACGAUGAACUGAAAUAUGGUGCGGGGCAUCAUAAUCACCAGUCGAUGGACUCAAAUCCUUUGGAAAGUCAAUCAGAGUGGUCAGAUGACGAUUGCCGCGAAGAGGCUACAGGUGGCGCCGAGUCAACGGGCUACAUAACCGAUGAACCGGGCCUAGAAAAUAUAUCAUUACUUAACGAAGCCGGUCUUACAGACGCCGAAGGCGCACUAUCCGAUGUCAAUUCACUUUACAAUGCGCCCGAUGUGGACGACACUUCGGUAUCGAGUCGUGCCAGCUCACGAUUACUCAGCUUAGAUUCGUUAAGUGGGCUUUACGAUUGCGAUUUGGACUCCAAGCAUGAAAUGGCUAUCGUUAAUGUUUCGCACAAAAUCACAAGUAAAUUUGGACCACAACAACAAAGUUAAUCGCAAAAACCGCCGAGUUAUGAGUGCUUAGCAGUCGUGAAAAUGUGCGAACGGAAGCAAACUCCAAUAAAAAAUACAUACAUACGUAUUUGUACACAAACUGACAUACAUACAUACAUGCAUACAAACGAGCAUAUAAGAUAAGAGAUAAAAGAGAGUUAGAAAUGUUGUCUAUUAUUUUUCGGUGAAUAUACUGUAGCCCUUUCCCCAACAUGUAUGUAUGUAUGUAUGUAUGCAACUAAAUAAGUAUUUCAUGGUUUUAGGCAUAAGAUUUCUUAAGAAUGAGUAUACAUGCAUACAAGUAAAAUGUACAGUUAAGAUAUUGAUAGAAUGAUUGAAGAAUUGGUGCCUCCGACACUGUUAUUAUAGCGAUAUAACAUACAUACAUACACACCACAACUAAGCUGAUAUGUAGCAAUGAUGAUAGCACAACACAAAAAAUGUUGAAUUUAAACAUUGAUAGAAGCUGAUGCAUAAGACAGGAUAAAGAUACUUACACAAACAUUAGAAAGAUCGGUAUGUGGAAGCUCUGUAGAGUUUCUUUGUUAAUCUACAAAUAGCAUGUAAGCGUAAAAUAAGUUACAACUGUAUGUAUAUUUAUUUAGAGAUAUGUACUUAUGUACAUGUAAAAUAAAAUCAUUGCGUAAACGCACUUAAGAAAGAAUGCUUUAAGAAAAAGAAGAAGCAGAAAAAUUAGAAGGUGAAGGAGAAGGAACUCCAGUGCUAGAUAUGCUUGUGCAGUGUAGUCUUUAAAUCGUUUAGAUUGGAUGUAUGCCCUCACGCCGAGGACGUUAUGAAAGCAUGUAGACUAACUGCAUUGAUGGAUGACUUAUACAGUUAUCUGCAAUUAAGAUGAUUCGAAUAUAUAUAUUUGUGUACUUGUGUGAAGCAUAUAUAUGUAUAAGUAUGUAUAAGUUUCGAAAAUCAAUUAUUUACUUAAAUGCCUGCAGACAUGUGUAAAGUUCACUCCCUCUCUCUCUCUAUCUUAGACACACACAGCUAAGUGUGAAUUGCUGAACUACUUAAACUAUAAUGUGUAUACUUAAAUAAGCUAAAUGUAUGUAUAUGCACACUUAAAAAUACAUGCAUAUGUAUUUAUGUACAAUUUAUUAUAUGUAUUAUCUGUGUGUUUUUAAAAGUGAUCAUGUUGAGGGUAUGCUGUUUUUUAGUUUGUUUUAUUUAAUUUUCUUUUCUAACAUUGUAUUUUGUUAGUUUUUUUCUUCAUGUAUUAUUUAAUAUUUUUAUAUUUUUUUUUAUUUUGGGUUUUUAAAUUCUUAAUUUUUUUUAAUUCUUUAAUAUUUUUUUUAAUUUUUCUAUUUAAUUUUUAAUAUCUUUUGUUUUAUUAAUUUAAUUUUUUCUAUUUUCAAAAUAUGUAGAAUAGAAUUUUUAUUUUGUUAAAUUAUUUUUUUCAAAUCUCUUCCAAUUUGGUCAAACUCACCACAGAACUUAUCGUACUAUGCGAAUUAGUGACCGCAAUAACUUUUAAAGUUGUCUAUCAAACAUCAGUGUUUUAACAGACUGUACUAGUAAGAAGGUUAACAAGCCGACAACUUACUUCAUAAUAUUAAGCCGGACAAAAGAGGUAGUACGUGACGGUGAUGUUAGUCGUUUUUUUAGGUUUAAUAUAUUACGAUUGAUAUCGAUUGAACUGAAAAUUAAUAUUGAGAAAUUUUAUGAUGCGGAUUCUCUGAAUUUGAGUUUAUUUUAGUGAUUCGGUAAAUAUUUAAUUAGUUUUCAAAUAAAAACUAUGACAAAAACAUUUGGAAAUGCAUUUUUUUAUACAAAAGAAUAUUAAAAUUUUUUACGAUUGGCCAUAAUACCGGCUUUAAAAUAGUUUUUCAAAGCAAAAUAAUAAUAAGUAUAAGUGCACUUUCUUGCUUUCUUGUGUCAUUUUAUUUUUUAUUUUUAUUAUAUUCUUUAACUCGCUGUUAUGUUGUAAAUCUUGUACUGAAAUUACUGCAUAAAAUAAAAUAAUAAAUUUUAUCGUUCAUAAGCAUCGAGCAUACUUUCCCCUUGGUUAUUUUUAAAUUGCGUUCGGUUUUAUGUAUUUCUGUAAAUGUCACGUUGUAAAAUGCGAAAAGCCAAGCGUUUUAGUUAGUUUUAAUAAUUGUUUGCAAAUUUCUAAGCAUAAAAAUAUAUGGUAUAUAUUUAAAUAUAUAAGUAGUAGCGUUGCCAAUAUAACCCAAAUGCGCGAUUAAUUAAGUCGAGUUAGCGACAGUUUUUUGAAUUGAAUCAUUAACAUAAACACAAACAUAUAAGCAUAAUUUUGCAUAAGUUUUGCUUCGAUAAGUUUUUCAACGCAUUUUAUUUUCCAAAACAUUUGUAUUAAAAUUUAUUUUCGAGUAUAAAGUUUGGCUAUUUUUUAUUAAUUUAUUUCGUAGUAUAUACAAAUGUAUGUAGAUUAAUUUAGUUUUUUUACAAUAUUUUAUACGCUUAUUUAAGGUAUUUAAAUAUAUUUGCGAAGGCAGCGCGAGUAAUAAAUAUUUCUGUAAUUAAAUCAGGCGUUGUGCACAUGUUAUUUACUUAAAGUGUAUCCAUGUAAGUAUGUACAUACAUACACAAUACUUCAAAAAUAUUAAGCAAAGUAAGCUUCUCAUGCACAACUAACUAUGUACUUUAAUUUUAUAUUGUAUCAAUUAUUAUCUAUGUGAACGAAAUUAAGUAAACAAAUUCACAAAUUAUACGCUGUAUAUACAAUACAUACAUAAAUAAAUGAAAUGAAUAAAAAA